GGAUGUUGAGUAACAGGCUUCACGUGUGAGAGAGAAAACACAAGACGACGUCAACAACACAGGGAGACGAAAUGUCGAUCUGAAUCCUCUGGGUUUCUCUUCUUAAGGAUCCUCAAGCAGCGCGAGACCUCCACUGACUAUAAUGCUCCAGCUCGGAAGCCUGUUCACCCACUUCCCUCUCAGCUCCAAAGCUUCAGAAAGUGCCCAAGGCCUGAGUCCACCCAGCGCACAGACACUACCUGAAUUUGUACAGCAUGUCAGGAAACUCCCCGGACUUAGAAAGGAAGAUGUUUUCUGCAAUCUGCGUGUCCCCGACCAGCAUCAGAAGACAAAAGUUGACAUCAACAUUGUUGUCCUCACUGGCCACGGGAUCUUCUGCAUCGAUGUAAAACCCUGGAGAGGCACCGUGUCCGCUCACAACCAAAACUGGCAUGUGCGAGUGAAAGAGGAGGACCAACAUUUUACCAACACCUGCAUCGAGCAAAUUGAAGAUCCCCUCAAAGCCAUCACGACCAAGACGACUAACUUAUGCGGCCACUUGAAGAGGAGUGGAGUGUCUGUGCGCCAAAGCCUUUUCUUCCCCAGGGUCAUCUUCCUCUCCCCGGACUGCGAGCUGGAGGACGAGCUGAGGAGGAGGAGGGAGCUGGUCUCCCACAGCCAGAUAGACGACUUCCUCAGAUCCUUCAGGGAGGGCUACAUGGCCUGGAUAUCAGACGCUCUGACUCCCUCCUGGCUCUCUGGUCAUCUGUCGUACAGGCAGAUGGAGUCGGCGCGUGAGGUCCUGGGGGGAGUGGGAACGUGGGAUCUGGUGCGGCUGCACUGUGGCGAGCAGCUGAAAGGCGACUACCAGGGCUGCCAGUACAUCGCUCUCAACCGACAGGAGACGGACACGCUCGAGUUUUCCCGAGUCAAGACCCUGUCGCCUGAUUCGCUGUGGGCGCUGCUGGGACACGCUCCUCAGGUAACAGUUAAAAUGUACAAGCGCGGAUCUCAUGGCUGGCUGGGUAAAUCCCUGGGCGCCACUUCCACCAUCCCAUCCAACACCUUUGUGAUCUUCAGGAUCGGCGGCGAGGAGGCAGACGCCAAAAUCCCGGCAAGCACCAUUCGCAGCAUCAACCUCAGCAUAUGACGAAUAUGUGUGUGUGCAAAUAUUCAGAUGCAACAAGACAAACCAAACUCUUAAUGUAGUUCUCACAGUAUGCUAUUUUUACAGAGUGCCUUUUACUAUGCAGUGUUUGUAUUUGUACUGUUGUACGAGCAGUUUCUUAAUUUAUCGAGAUAAAGGAAAGAAAAGGGUGGGGGGAGGUGAAAAAGCCCCAUUUGCCAAUUUCCCUGAUUAUCGGAUCCUCUCUGGCAACAUUAUGUUAAUGAAGAUGCUUUCAGAGAAUUAGCCUGAUUAACUUUCUCUUGUUGUGGAUUUUCUAGGGCUAGCCCACACUUUACACCGCCCAUUAGUUCGUCAUUAUUUUAACUGAUUGUGUCACAUCAGUUCAGGACUGAAGUGUUUUAAUGUGUUAAUUGUGGGAGUUUAAAAAAAACAAAAAAAAAACAGGCGGCGUCUGGUACAACGAGGGGGCCCGAGCGUGGGUCUGCCUCUUUGGGUUAAAGGGGGGGUGAUUUACUGCGGAGGUUUGGACCGUGUGACUGUGAGGUGCUUUAUUAAUAUGCUCGGCAGCGCUGAGGAGACGAUAACGCAUUUCGAGAGCGCACGGGCGCGGCCACCAGCACCAUUCACAACCGUGUCUGGGUCACUCUCCAUCAGUUACCGGGCUUACACGGCUGCGCUAACAGCUAGCAAUUGUAUUUACUGGGCCUGGCAGUGGCCAAAAUGAAGUUAUUUCCAUCAAGAUAUCAGUGCCUUUAGCUAAUGCAAUAGAGGGAGGCUCUCUGCGUUGAUGGUAUCUCUUUGCAUGGCAUCUCUCUACCUGAAACAUCAUUACACUGUACUCAAACUCCUCACUAUUUCAAACGUCUGUUUACCGCUUUACCUGAGGGACGGAUCAGUGAGCCGUGAGUUGUUUUGAGCAAGCAGAAACCAAAACGUUUCAGACUGCGGUUGUUUUGAUACGUCGCUCGGCAGUGCUUGGAUUGUUUCAAGGAAUUCAACGUCUGCGAAUUUAAACUUAAAUACUGUCUGUAUUUAUAUCGCACUUUUCUAAAAGCUUUUAAACAGUUCAUUAUUACCAUUUACACACAUUAAUACAGUCAAAAGGUUACAUUGUCACACGUCACUCCCUACACUCGGGCAAUUUGCCGUUCAGUAUCUUGCCCAAGGACACUCUGGUGAGAAUCGAACCACCAACAUUCUGGUUAGUGGACGACACGCUCUACUUCCGAGACAUGAAUCCUAAGGAACAGUUUUCAAACAGUACUUAAACAGUUUUGACGAUAUCAGGUGAUCUGGGACGAGCAGGAAGUUACUGUUUAGCAGGAUUUACUCUAUUUUCCUUUUUGCAAUAUAUUAAAAAGAAUCAUUUAAAUCAUUUAAAUAAUCAUUUAAAGAAUAAACUUCAAGCACUUUCAGCAUCAACUCAAGAAGCACGACUGCUUAACUCACUCUUCAGUUGGUUGUUUUGCGCAUAGUGGUUUUAUACAUUUGUGUGUAUUUUUUUUAGCAGUGUGUUUUUAUGUUUACGUGUAUUUGUACUAUCUGGUGUUAUAAUAAACAGAUUUAACAAGU